AUGUCUGCAUACGGUACUACGCGCCAUCACGGUCAGCCGUCUGCGAACUCUACUCCAGCAUCAACAACUCUUUUUCGUCGCCUGACAUGGGAGGGCACUGUUCCCCUUGAAAUUCGUGUAGACUCAAAAGAGCUGCCAGCGAAUUCCGAUCGUGGCCUGGAAUGUUAUUAUAUUCAAGCUCCUCGUGUCAGUUACUUGCCUCUUCUUAUGCCUGAGAUACGAAGGUUCUUGAUGGAUGUCGUAUUCGAUGAGGCAGCUGGAAAGAUGCUUAAGGAGGAGGAAUGGUGGUUCGAGAGCGAGGAAGGUACACUGUUGAAGUGGCACUGGCCGAUAGGGCUGAUCUACGAUAAUCACAUCAUCUCUGCUUCAAUUCGGCCUCCGUCUCAGACUUCCACAUCUCAUUACAAUCUGCAAGUGACUCCCUUGAAGCUCAUUCUCCACCUUGCAUCACCUCCCACAGAGAAGCUUCUUCUCUCACCUUCUGCGGAGUCGUGCAAACAAGCUUUCAUGGGGCAGCUCAAGGAGGCAGAUUUCGUUCGAUGGGGAAACACGAAGCGCAUGACUGGUCUCCGGAAGCAAGACCAGGAUGGUAUCUGGGAAGGCAUCAAAGAACAUAACUUCGAUGACUAUUGGCGCGUCGCAUCUAAGAUAGUGCCUACAACCGCGCCUGCACGGUCGAAUUCUCCACCACCUUCUACCAAUCCAUCGAUGCAUACAAGACCGCCACCUGCGGACCCGCAGAGUGCGCCGGAUCGUGAUAACGCUUACAACGUUCGCAGUGUCCCAGUUAGGUUGUAUUUACCUGAUGGGCCCGUGAUGCAAGACGUUGUCCCUCCGACCCUUGAAGAUGGCUCGGCGCAUACCCUGGUACAUUAUCUAUCUACGCAUCUUCCCCUCCUCUUCCCACCUGCACCAUACUCUGGCCCAGAACUCGCAUAUGCUAUGAUGCAUGGUGUGCUGGUGCCCCCUGAUGCGGAGAUGGCAUGGCUAGGGGCUUGUAUGGCGGGUGCAGAUGGGUGGUUCUCCGCUGUAGCCAACACUCUAGAUCUUGCACUAUUUACAACCAUCAUCUCGCAGCGGUGGCGCAGGCUAGGGGUUGAGGAGCUUGCCCCGAAGCUGCGCAUAGAAUCGACCCCUGACGCUCGAAGUUUGCCGGUCGGCGGGGAUGAGCAAGCUUAA